AUGUUUUUGGAAUCAAAUUAGACUUCGUUGGCAGAAUGAUGGGGUAAUAUGGCCGACUUGGCUGAGCGGGUGGAUGAUCUGAUAUGCAGUUUUGAUUCAACCAGUGAAACAACCAUGGACACAUUGUCGAUGUUAAUAUUCGGCUGGAUGCUGUUUGGACUUGUGGUUUUGUGUGUCGGAAAAUACGUGUAUAAUCGUUUUGUUCUCCAGGAAACGGUGAAAAAUAGUGCGACCCCAAAAGAGUUACAUUCCACAUUACAUGUUGGUGAGAGUGUAGUGUUAAUUGGUGCUGGUGCAGGAGCUGGUGCAGCUGGUAGAUCGUUACCAUGUGAGAAAUUAACGAAGUCCUCAGGCACCGGUAGUGCAAGUGCAAGUAUAUCAGGUAGUGGUAGCUGCGGAAUCUUUACCUCGGUGUCUUUAGCAAAUUCAAAUUCCAUGGGCUAUGUACCACCAACACCGCCAGUCAGAAAAAGACUCACGAGGAAAACUUCUGGUCCACUGAUAAGCCCUGCAAGAAGUUCAAGGGCUCUUAAUUUGCCAACAGCCACCGGCGCUGAUUCUGAUGCUGUCAGAUGGGUCAACGAGCUUCUUGUCUGGUUGCAUGCAGACUUUCAAACCGUCAACGAACUUCUUUCUGCAUGGGUUGAGUCUCUUAAUGUUUUCACUGCCAACUCUAUUGAAGAGCAUGGGAUUGGAGUUGAAUUCAUCAAAGUUCUUCCGGAAACAAAUUCUCCAGUUUUAUCUAACAUGUUUUGUGAAUGCGACUCGAAAGAUGAUGUGUCUAUCACAUGCGACUGCGAGGCAACACCAGCGUUUCAAUUGAAAGCUUUACGUCAAAGAGGAGAUAAAGUUGAAUCCAGUCAUUAUCGAGUCAAUGUCAACCGUUUCCGUGCUCGUCUUAAUAUUAUUUGCAUCGCAGAAAAAUUACUUAUUGAAAUAAAAUGCGACGGAUGGCCUGAGAUCAAAGUAUCACUUGCUGCAGUCGGAACGAUAAAAAAAGAUGUAAAAGAAAGUCAUUUGCAAGACGUACUUACUGAUAUUGUGGUUGCAGCAUUAAGAGGGACAAAUGUUCAUCUUAAUUUAUCUCAGUAUUCAUCAUGUCCUCGACUUUCAAGAGAACAUGAUCAAACUGGAUAUUCAUUACAUGGACAAUAUGAUAGUAUGCACAUGUCAAAUAAACUGAUGCCUCAACGGUAUUCUGAUCUUCAUUCCUCUUCCUCAACAAUGCAGCAGUAUUUAGUCGGUGAUAAGAGAUUACUUGUUAAAAUUGUUAAAGCAACUGAUUUAGGAGGUAAUCAAGGCUGUAAAGAACCUUAUUGUGUUGUUGAAUUGGAUGAUCCACCACAAAAAAACCAAACUUCUAUAAAAAAGGAUACGAUUAAUCCUCUUUGGGAUGAGGCCUUCCUAUUCGACGUCAAUCCAAAUACGACUGAAGUACUAUUGGAAUUAUUUGAUCACGUAAAUAAGUCGAACAGAUUUUUAGGUUUGGGAAUUGUAGGAGUAGAAGAAUUGUUGGUGAAUCCUAGUCAAAGGCAAAUUAUUCCUCUUCAAGGAAAACCUUACGAAGAGGACGAAAUAAGUGGAAUACUGACUGUUGAGUUUUUACUUAUCGAAGGUGCUGAGAUACCACAGAUUGGGACCAAGCCGUACAAAAUGAAGGAAACAAUAAAACCAGUAUCGCCAACGAGAAUCUACAGCCCAACGAAGAAUUUGUUGAGCACCAAUAGUUUAAACUACAACAAUGGUAACAGCACUUUUAUCUUGUACGACACUACCAGUGAAUCCGCAAGGGACUUUCUGACGAAUGGAAACGUAAUGGAGUCUUCUUACCGAAGUGGACAGACGAAUGACAACAAAGGAACACUGAUAGUUCACAAUGAGCAAAGGAUAGUUAACAACAAAGAUAUAUCUUCAGGAUCGGAAAAUACACCUAAUUUAUCUACAUCUGCAAAUUUUCAAGAUAGAGGAAGACCUAGGAGGAAACGAAAAGACUUUUUUGGAACCAUAAAAAAGCGUUUGUCAAGAUCAAAAAAACGAAGUCAAUCCGUAGGUCCUGGUGGAGAUAUAACUAUUGAAGAAACGCAUUCUCGAUCAAUUUCUGCUGAUAGAGCUAAAGAUUCCGGUUUCGGUAGAGAAGAACACUCCAGAAGAUCAAGUUUAAGUGAAGCUUCAGGCAUCAGUGGAACUUCUACGAGAACUUACAUUAAUGAAGCUUCAACAUUAAUUUUGGAAACUCUAGAAAAUGGAAUUACAAAACACUACCUCGUGCCUCUAUCGUUGGCACAAAAGAGUAAAUGGAGAAGAAAGGGUUUAAAGCUUCAUAUUUUUAAUGAUCACACAUUUAUUGCAAGGCACAUACCAGGGAGUACCGAAUGUCAAGUGUGCAAGAGAACAUUGGCUAGAAGAUUAGGAAAACAAGGUUAUGAAUGCAGGGAUUGCUUAAUGAAAUGUCAUAAACAUUGUCACGUAAAAGUUGACAAUUCAUGUACUUCUUCAACCAUUCAAAGUAUUGAAAUGUCGCUUCUUCCAGUACUGAGCGAAUCAUAGAUACUUAUCCGAGCUUCUCCAUCUACUAGAAAACUAAGGUUUUCUUUAUUCUUUUCAUCUUCUUUGGAUUCUUCGUUGGAUUGCUGAAUAAGGAAUGAAGACUCACGAAUUGGGAAAUCGGAUACUUUUAAUGACCUCUAUUUAAAAUAUUUUUUAAAAAGAUUAUUAACAAAUAAAUGUACAAAAAUUAAUUAAAUUUAUAAAAUACUUAAAAACUUAACUAAUAUAAAAACACUUAUGCAUUUUAGGCAAUUUAUCAUAUUUUUCAUCAAAACUUUAGAGUUUCAAUAGGAAAAAAAAAUUUGGAAGCAAUAGAAGAUUUUUAGAGUAUUUAAACUUCUAGAGUUUUUAAACGAAAUUUUUCACAUAAUUAUUAUUAUUACAUUACAU